AUGGCCAUCGACGUUGACAAAGACGGAAAAAUCGGCUGUGCUUACUACGUUGCAAUGGAUGAAGAGCUGGUGCUUGAGGAAGAGGUUUCCAUGGGCGGCAUUGAGGCUGUGGACACAAUUAUGCUCCAAGUUCAGCCGACGUCAAUCAUCAUACCCAACCGGUCACCCGGAGAUCUGAUCGAUUUCCUCGAGCGAGAUGCGCAGAGAUUCGAUGAUAGCGAGGGAUCAGGCGGUGAACAAGGAUCGUAUAUUCUCCGACACGUUGUCUCUGUGCAGUUCGAUUAUGAAGCAGGCAAGGAAGCACUGGCAAGACUUGAUCUCGAGCCGUCCACCCCCGGCGCUGUCGAGAUCCUGUCGCUGGAAGAGGAGCAUUCGCGAGCCGUUGGCCCUUCCAUUCAUGGCAGGCUCAUGCGCAUCGCCGAAAAGAUCAAUCUCGAAAGCUGUCUUUCGGUCGGCUGCGCUGGCGCUGUUUUACAAGAUCUCGAACGUCGCAGGACCGCCGAGGACCUACCAGAUGGUGAAGAGGGCACUAUACCAUUUGUUGUGAGGUCUGUCAGGAUGAACACAUCGGCAGAUGCAAUGCUCAUGAGCGCAGAUUCCCUGAUAUCCCUGCAAAUUCUUCAGUCGGAACUGCACCCCAACCCGCACACUCGCUCUUCAAACAGCUCCGAGCCAAAAGCAAAGGAGGCCCUCUCAAUCACGGGUCUUCUUCAAGCGUUGGCCUCCAGCGCACAAGGGAAAAGGAGGCUCCGUCAAAUGCUCCUCCGGCCGAGCACCGAUAUCGACAUGAUUCGGGAGCGACACAGGAGUAUUGCGGUUUUGCUGCGCGCGGAGAACAGCGAGACUGUGAAGAACAUGCGGAAGCAGCUCAGGAAACUAAAAAACACAAAAACACUCCUACUUCAUGUGAAGAAGGGAGUGGACCGAAUACGCGGCCAGCUAUCCAUCCGAGUCGGGGACUGGAAAGCAUUGCUGAGGUUCUCGAUGGUCUCCGCCCAGUUGCGGCAGGCAACCGAUGCAUUGAAGGGCGCUUCGGAGAUCGCAAUCUUCUCUAGGAUAUGUAACGAUAUCGACGUGAAAGGAUUCUUGCACCUUGGCGAUAUCAUCCUGAGAACUAUUGACUUCCAAACAUCCAAGGAGAGUGGCCGUACAGAGAUACUACCUGAAGCAAGCGAGUAUCUUGAUGGGCUGAGGCAAGAGUUUGCAGAUGUCCUUCAUGUGCUUCCCGAUCUAAAGGAGUCUGUGGUGCAAGACGUCCCCAGGGACGCGGGCAAACAUAUCCGGCAUUGCACGGUCAUGCCACAGCUGGGAUUCCUAAUCGCCGUUGCGCUCCAUCCGGAGACGGGAGAAGGAGUCUACCACGGCCAACAUCACAUCAAGGGCGAGUGGAAGAUGUGUUUUGUCAGCGAAGAUGUCGCGUACUACAAGAACCAUCUUAUGUUGGAUCUUGACUCCCAGUAUGGUGAUUUACCUUCACGCAUCGCCGAUGAAGAGAUUGAAGUCAUCAUGGCACUCGCAGCUGCCGUUUUAGAACAUGAAGAGGCAAUCUUACAGGCCUCUGAACUGUUUGGUGAGCUCGACAGCCUGCUUGCACUUGCCUUGGCAGCGGAAAAGUACAACUGGACAGCUCCUACUAUGACGGCCUCCAAUGCGAUUGACAUUGUCGAUGGGCGUCACCCGCUCCAAGAACUCCUCGCACCUUCGUAUAUCCCAAACUCCUGCUACCUGGCCGGCGGGUGUGGUACUGACGGCGUAGACGAGGAGGAUCCCACGGCAACAAAUUGCAACGGAAAAGGGGCAGCUCCCUCCAUGCUCAUCCUGACGGGUCCAAACAAUUCGGGCAAGAGCGUCUACAUGAAGCAGGUCGCUCUGAUCGUGUACUUGUCGCACACCGGCAGUUAUGUCCCAGCCACCCGUGCCACAAUCGGAGUGACCGACCGCAUCCUCACCCGCAUCGCCACCCGGGAGACGGUAGUCAGCGACGAGAGUGCAUUCAUGGUGGACUUGAAGCAAGCCGCGUUCUCGAUGAACUUCGCAACACGACGCAGCCUGCUCCUGAUUGACGAAUUCGGCAAAGGCACCACGGCGGAGAGUGGCUCAGCCCUCUUUGCAGCGUACCUCACCUACUUACUGGAUCUUGGUGUCGACCGUCCAAAGGUGCUAGCUGGGACACAUUUCCACGACAUAUUUGAGAAUGGUCUGCUCAGGAGCGAAGGGAACGUAGCCCUUGGGCAUCUGGAUGUCAGACUCGAGGCGCAAGCUGAGGACCCAGAGGACCAGAUCACAUUUCUUUUCCACCUCCUGCCAGGGCGAGGCCCAUCCAGUCUAGGGGUACUGUGCGCGGCAAUUAAUGAUGUUCCAAGCGAUGUCAUAAAACGCGCGGAGGCCAUUGUGGCCUUGCAGGACAACAACGAAAGCCUUGUGGAGGUCUGUUCCGAUCUGUCUGAGGAGGAUAGGGAGAGGUUGGGCCAAGCGGAACUCGUGGCCAGGAAAUUUUUGGCAUUACAAGUGCCCGGCAAGGCUCGUGAGCAGGGUCAAGAUGGCUCAAUUCGAGAUUUGUUGCAAUCUGUGCUGCCAGUGGAAGAGCUUGGGACGCCGGCUCUAUGA